ACGAUCGAUCUGUGUGUUUUCGUCUUCGAAGUCGAGCAAAAAUAUGGAAGAUUUGGACCAAUUUGAUGUGAUUGUGAUCGGAGCCGGUGUGAUGGGGAGUUCGACGGCAUAUCAAGCGGCGAAAACCGGUAAAAGAACUCUUCUCAUCGAGCAAUUUGAUUUCCUACACUACCGUGGAUCGUCUCACGGCGAAUCUCGAACCAUCCGAGCAACUUAUCCUGAAUCAUACUACUGUCGGAUGGCCAUGGAAUCGGAGAAAUUGUGGAUGGAUGCAGAAUCAGAAAUCGGUUAUAAGGUUUACUUCAAAUCACAGCAAUUGGAUUUGGGACCGGCGAAUAACAGUUCUCUCAUGGCGCUUAUCAGCAAUUGCGAAGAGCACUCGAUUAAUCACCAAAUUCUCGAUCGUCACCAAACAGAAAAACAUUUUUCCGGCAGGAUUGAGUUGCCAGACGAUUGGAUUGCUGUUGUGACGGAUCUCGGAGGUGUCCUGAAACCUACUAAAUCGGUUGCCAUGUUUCAAACACUCGCAAUCAAACAUGGAGCAGUGCUUAAAGACAGAACGGAGAUCGUAGAAAUAGUUAGCGAUGAAGAUAGAGGUGGCGUUUUGGUGAGUAGCCGGUCCGGAGAAGUGUAUUCCGGUAAGAAAUGUGUGGUCACCGCCGGAGCUUGGGUGAGUAAACUGGUCCAAAAGGUUAGCAAUGGCGGCAUCAUUUUACCUAUACAGCCAUUGGAAACAACCGUAUUUCACUGGAAGAUCAAAAAGGGUCAUGAGCUUGAUUACACCAUUGGAGCAGGAUUUCCAUCGUUUGCAAGCUACGGUGAGCCAUACAUCUAUGGAACACCAGCUUUAGAGUUUCCAGAUCUGAUCAAAGUUGCUGUUCAUGGUGGCCGAGAAUGCGAACCAGAUAAACGGACAUGGGGAGUAGAUGCAGAAGAGACAAUGAUUGGACAUCUGAAAGAAUGGAUCAAAGGACGGUUUGGCGAUCGAGUCAAUUGGGAAGAUGGACCAGUUAUGAUUCAAUCAUGUUUGUAUUCCAUGACACCAGAUGAGGAUUACAUUAUUGAUUUCUUGGGUGGAGGGUUUGAUGAGGAUGUGGUGGUCGCCGGUGGGUUUUCCGGCCAUGGGUUCAAGAUGGCGCCCUUAGUUGGGAAGAUACUGGUUGAUCUGGCCGUCGGCGGGAAGGUGGCUGCCGAGAAAUAUGAGGCAGAAAUCAAGCAUUUGAAGCUGGGAAGAUUUGAAGGCAAUCCCAAAGGAAAUAAGAAAGGCUUUGAAGACCAAGUUCGCCUUAAGUAGGUAAUUUUAACAUGUUCCUGCAGAAAAAUUAGUGUCUUAUUAUGGAUGAUUGUGGAGAUGUGAACGGUUGUGAAUAAUCUUU